AUGUGGGUAUUGCAGGCCUUAAUCAGGAGAGAAUUCCAGACCUCAAGGUUCAACGAACUCAAAGCUCGAAUUCCAGACCUCAAGGUUCAACGAACUCAAAGCUCGAACAACAGAGAAACAGUGGACAGUGGCACUCUCCGACAUAGCCGACUACGAGAAUCGAAGCCGUUGCUGAGUUUAGACUACGUAUCGGACAGUCCACACAAUGAAGGCCUUAAUCAGGAGAGAAUUCAUGUGUGCAACGAAAUUAAAGCUCGAAGGAGAGAAUUUCAGACCUCAAGAUGCAACGAACUCAAAGCUCGAACAAAGGAGAAAUAG